AUGAUCUCACCACGUCGACCACUAACCGAUGACAUCAAACUACAGAUUUUAACGGAGAAAGAACAAAAUGGGUCGUCCGUCUACGCAAUAGCAAAGAAGAUAGGCCGUUCUCCAUCGACUGUCCGGUGCUUUCUGAAGUGUUAUGGAAACGACCACCAAUUAUCGCGGAAGCGUGGACGCAAGCCAAAACUCACGGAAGAGAUCGAAGACUUCAUCGCUCAGUUUGCUGACAACAAAGACGUCUCGUGCAGUCGAAUCGCAACGGAAAUUAAAAAGAAGUUUCCUGAUGUCUCGUUAUCGAAAGAAACGGUUCGUGUGAUCAGACAAAAGCUUGGUAAAAAUCCGGACGAGACGCCUUUAUCUUCGUCGCGAAUCAAUUACUUUGAGAAUGGCGUGUAUAUCGAAGAUGAAAGAAAAGAAUUUGCCGAUAAAAUACUUGCGCUGAAUCGACCAGUGAUUUUAUCUAACACUUCAGUCUUUUGUGUGAAAGGAAAUGGGACGUUAACUCGAUGUUCCAAUGGGGGGUUUCCCGUCAUCACUGCAUUUACAGCCACAGGAAAGGCGUUAGAAGUGACUGUUUGGGGAGCUAUAGGGAGUGGGUGGAAGAGUCCUAUGGUGAGAAUAGUGAAUGACAUAUCAUUGGGAGAAGUAUUAAAGAAAGGGAUGAUAUCGGAACAAUUAGUGGAGAAGUAUGGACCACAUGUCUUAUUGGACGAACAAGUUUUGAAAGGGGAAGACUUCCCUUUCUUGGAAAAUUUUCCAAUCGACUCAAGUGACUUGAACCCAAUCAAUGACUUGUUCCUCAAAAUGCAGGGAGAGGUCAAUAAGAUGCAAUUCAGAAAUGAAGAGGAGCUGUUUGCGUAUGUACAGUUCUUGUGGGGAGUGGUCAACGAGGCAGAGACCACAAUGGUUGUUGCGGAGUUCUUUGAAAGAAUCAACCGCUAUAUCAACAGCCCCAGACAAUCAAAAUCAAUGCCACUUUCAUUCUAA